GGGUAACAAUCGGGAUUAAAAUGACAAACUUUGUCAUAAUUUUCAGAAAAAUGUGUAAAUAUUUUAUGAUUUUUCCAAAAAAAAAACAAACAAAAUCACACACAGGUCAAGGAUUUCAAACGCAUGCAGUCAACAUUACAAAGAAAAAUACUUCACAAAGAGAAACUUAAUACACAAAACAAAAGAAAAAACAAUCGAUACAUAACAUGAAAUUAAAACAGUCAUAUGCUGACUAUUUAAACAACUUAUGGCCGCAGCUUGAGAAAACGGGAUCAUGGGAUAAAUCUGAACUAAGAUCAUGCAAGAAAUUGGGUAGAAACUUUAGGUGCAUUGAAACGGGAAAAUUUAUGCGCAAAUGUUGCAAUAUUGAGUGCUCCGUGGCCAAAAAAUGCACAAGGAGAUGUCUCGAAGUUAAAUGGAAAAAGCAAAAGGAAAGCGUGACGAUCAAGAACUCAACAACCUUGGAAUCAAUAGUACAGCUCAUUCUGAAAGGCAUUGAACCAGAUACCGUUGUUCUAGUGGCAGAUCGUCAAUACUCCUGCCACGCCUUUGUGCUGACUAUGAACUCCGCGUACUUUAAAAAGCUGAUUGGACACACUUCGAUCGAUCUACGUCAGACACUAGUGACAACAAAUGCCUUUGACUUUAUAUACGGAUGGAUGUUAUUGAGUGCUAAGGAAAUUCCAAGAAGAGAGCUAUUAGACAUUUUACGAUCCGUUUACUUUUUGGAAAUUCCAUCAUUAAUUCAUGCUUGCCUUGAAGCACUCAAUGGAAAUGAAUUCAGAGAGAUCGAAGCUUUUUAUAUUAUCUAUAGCCUGCGAAAUUCCACUGAUCUCUUGGAUAUCAGCCAGGCUAUGACUCCACGCAUCUCGAAAUCCGCGCUAACAGUCAUGUGCAGUCAGCAAUUUCUGCAACUUACGAUUGAUCAGAUGUGUUUUAUACUCCAAUCAAAUUUUCUCACUGUUAAUACUGAAUGCGAGAUUCUUUUUUGCGCUCUCCACUGGCUGGACGUAGACUGGCCAAGUCGAAGCUCUCAUUUGCCUGAUGUUUUCAAGUGCAUUCGCUUUACAUUCUUGUCUCCCAAGUUGCUCAGUCAACUCAUAAAUUCUGGCUAUGCGAAUAUUGGGCGAUUUCGCAGAGUGCUCGCUGCUUUUUUCAAGUGGCCGCCGUCGAGACAGCUAAUUGAGGAUGGCAUCUUCUACAGCUCCAUUGUCAUCUCUUUAAACUGCAAUCGCAGUUCGUUGGAACAGUUUGCUGACGUUAGGAAGCAGCUAUUAAUACCUCGUCGCUGGAUGCAAGACGUUCGUUGCAGCUACCAUCGUCCAGUGACUCGGCAAUGUCCCAAUAUGUAUUACAUUACCUAUAGCGAAUUUGUACAAUAUUCGAGACAGCUCCGAGAAACUAUGGAUAAUUACGAAGUGUUUAUUGAUCAUCCCGAGGAGAUAAAAGGAAAGCCCAAAGACCGUGCUCUCUCUGAUUCAAGGCAAUGCGAACCUUCAACUUCUAAUUACAUAAUAUGCGAUCAGCUUUUUUGUCGUGCAUCCGCAGAAAAUGAACAAAAAUUUAUUUCUUUGAGCAAAUAUUUUACGCCAUCGAAGUUUUGGGAUCUAAUGUUUUAAAUAAUUAUGCGUGACUUCACCUUAGCUUCUAA